AUGCAGGAAGCACAACAGCCUUCGACGGCUAACAUUGCAGUCGCAUGCGCUAUAAUAGCAGGUGUAACAGGUUACAUGCUUGGUCAAGCGAAAUCACUGGGCCUCUUUGGUGGCAGCCCCAUAUCAAAGGCACCAACAGACAACAAGAAGAAGAAGAUGAAGGCAAAGGCAAAGGCAAAGGACUCGGAAGACGGCGAAGAGUCGAGCGAGGAUGAGGAUGAGGAUGAGGAUGAGGAUGAGGACGAGGACGAGGACGAGGACGACAGCGUGCCAUCAGAGUUUCCAGACCACAAGGAGGAGUGUAAGAUGGUCUUGGUUGUGAGGACAGACUUGGGCAUGACUAAGGGCAAGAUUGGCGCCCAGUGCGGACAUGCAGUACUGGCUUGCUACAAGCAGUUUCUAAAACAGGCACCCGGCUCACCCCUAUUGAAGCGAUGGGAAUACAUGGGACAGGCCAAGGUGGCGCUGCAGGUCAGGAGCGAGGAGGAACUCGAAUUGUUGCAGGCGCAAGCACUGAGUCUGGGACUGGUAGCACAUAUCAUCCACGACGCUGGACGGACGCAGAUUGCCAGUGGCAGCGCGACCGUGCUGGGCAUCGGACCUGCGCCCAAGGGAGUCAUAGAUCAGGUCACCGGCCACCUGAAGCUGCUGUAG